AUGAGGUGUCUCGUGGCGAGGCGGCACGCGCACGCUUACGUGCGCGUCCCUUUUCGCAUCACGUGCUGGGGGACGCAGGAAGGCAAUCGUGCGAGCCCUGGCGCCCCCCUCGAGUCGGCCGCUGGAGGUUUUGUUUAUGGUUGGGUUCGCGGCCUAGUGGGCCGCGCCAGAGCCGGGGCCUCGAUUUGGGAGCGUGGCCGGGGCGGGGCUUGGGGCAGUCGGCGGAGGGGGGGGGCCAUGCGGCUAGAGCCUGAGACGGGGGAGAGCGAGAAAGAGCGCGAGUGA